GCCCAUGUUUAUGUACAAACUGUUGCUAAAUUAUGCCAUAAAUUACACGGGAGCAUUAGGACGUCAAUAAGCGAGAAAGGUUCAUUGAACACAGGUCCGAAAAUGCUCCUGUAAAAAGUUAAAAAAGGACGUUGGACGUUGGUCGUGGCCACUACGGUAGCCAGAUUCAGAAACAUAAAUAUGCCAAGUUCCCGGAGAAUGAUUCUUGGUCAUGUGGUGACUGACCUCAGUUCCAAGAUGAAUCGGACAAAGAAGCUGGGUGCCAACAUCAUGGAAACACCACUCAAUCGUUGCCUUAAUACUUUCGAUAUCACACUUCUUGGUGUGGGCCAUAUGGUUGGUGCUGGCAUCUAUGUCCUCACAGGAACUGUAGCAAAAGAGAUUGCUGGUCCUGGUAUUGUCCUAUCCUUCCUUCUUGCGGGAGUGACGUCCCUGCUAGCAGCUCUCUGCUACGCUGAAUUUGGUACUAGGAUUCCAAAAGCUGGAUCUGCAUAUGUCUACACAUAUAUCAGUGUGGGAGAGUUCUGGGCUUUUGUGAUUGGUUGGAAUAUUAUACUAGAACAUAUGAUUGGAGCUGCGUCAGUGGCUCGUGCAUGGAGUGGUUAUGUGGAUUCAUUGAUGGGGUUUGCAAUUAGCAAUGCCACUGUCUCUACAGUCGGUGAAAUGCAUGAGCAAUUAUUGGGACGUUAUCCGGACUUCCUCGCAUUUGCAGUCUGCCUUGUCUAUUCUUGUCUCCUCGGUGUUGGAGUGAAGGGAUCAGCCAUUUUCAAUAGCCUCUUCACCAUAAUCAACCUCGGUGUUAUGAUACUUGUGAUUUGUGCUGGUUUCUACUAUGCCCACACUGAGAACUGGACUGUGGGGAAAGGGUUUCUUCCUUUCGGUUUCACAGGAGUCAUAGCAGGAGCAGCGACCUGUUUUUAUGCAUUUGUUGGAUUUGACAGCAUAGCUACUUCUAGUGAGGAAGCUCAGAAUCCAACAGUGUCCAUUCCCAUAGCAACAAUUGUAUCCAUGCUUGUGGUAACAGUUGGUUAUAUCCUUGUGAGUGCAGCACUGACACUGAUGGUGCCUUACUGGACCAUCAGCACGAGUGCAGCCUUGCCAGAAGCAUUCUCCAGUAUUGGUCUGAACUGGGCCAAAUAUGUUGUGUCAAUAGGAGCACUAUGUGGGAUGACAACAACACUUUUUGGCUCCCUCUUUUCACUCCCUCGAUGCAUGUAUGCCAUGGCUUCUGAUGGACUCCUCUUCAGUUUCUUGGGAUCUAUCAAUCAAAAGACACAAGUCCCACUAAUUAAUGUAGCAAUAUCAGGAAUUUCCAGUGCUAUCAUUGCUCUAGUGUUUGAUCUUCAGAAGUUGGUAGAGUUCAUGUCUAUUGGAACUCUCUUGGCCUACACUAUUGUCAGUGCUUCUGUCAUUAUUCUCCGGUAUCGUCCUCCAGCUCCUGAGGAAACUGUUGUGCCCAGAGUUGGAUCUGUGACUACUGAUGACAGUUCACAGUCAGGGACUGAGCUUGCCUCUCCUUCAUCUGAUAUUGUUGAGUUAGUGACAGCUGGGAGGCUGAAACCAGGCUUCCUGUGGCUUAGUCCAUUAAUUGGCAACUGUGAACCUGGAGGAGCUGUAUCAGGAGCAGUAUUUAUUUUCACAUGCUUUAGUACUGCCCUCUGCAUACAGCUGCAGUUAUCAUCACAUGAGUUAAGAGUUGGUGUCUGGUGGACAGUCCUUCUGGCCAGUUUCUUCAUUUUUUGCCUAGUAGGAUGUCUGCUGGUCAUAAUGGCUCACCAGCAGAACACAGUAGGUCUGCGGUUCAAAGUUCCAUUUGUUCCAUUAAUUCCAGCACUCAGCAUCUUCUUCAAUGUUGAGUUGAUGGUUCACUUGCAAGCUCUUACAUGGGUGCGAUUCAUUGUUUGGAUGGCACUAGGUUUGUUGGUAUACUUCCUAUAUGGAAUUCAUCAUAGCAAAGAAAGUGAUUCCAUUACCUCCUACUCAAUCUUAAUGACAUCAUCUGAAGCUGGAAAAGGCAAAUGGGGAUCAAUGCACAGUACAGGCCCUGUACCAGUUCUGUCUCCAUCUGAAGAAAAACCUCCACCAACUACGAAAGCACCAAAGGAUGUUUCUACUGAUGACAAGACACCAAUUGUUUAUGAAGAAGAAGUAACACAGUAAUCAAAAGCUGAGACUAAAACGGAAUAUGUGCGUAAAUACUGUAGUUUUAUAGCUAAGCUUUCAAUUACCAGAGAAAAUACAAACAACUGUAUACAUGUUAACAGUAAUUAUCAUACACACAUAUUUAAUAAUCACUUGUGUGCAGACUCCAUACACUUAAGUAAUAUACUUGAUAUGGCUUAUAGUUUGUGCAGAACUUAAGUGUCAGCAAGUAAAAAAAAUGUGUGGCUUAUAAUGUACAUGCAGAUGGAGCAACAGGCUUCUGUGGUAAUCAAUGCUUUUUGUACUUAUGAGUCAAAACAGACUGAUAGAUUUUGAAACAACAUAUUGACUAAUGAAAGUAAGGGCAUGAAGUUUUAUUUAUAUAUAUAUAUAUAUAUACACAUAAUACCUUCAACAGUGAAAACUGAAUGCAUUGUUGUUCGAAAUUUAACCAAUUUUGGGCAAAAUAUGUAGACUGACAUAUAAAUUUAAGGCUAAGUAUAUUCUUGUUUAUUAGGGCCUCCUUGUAAAAUGGAAACAUUAAAAAUACACAAGAGAUCCUUACUGUAAUCCUCCCCCUCCACCCAUGCCUAAAGAAUGUAUAGUGGGACAGCUUUAUUUUUUUAUGAAGACAAUUACUUAUUGGUAUCAGAUCAUGCAGAUGUAUAUCUGGCUUCAAUACAGAACAUCAUCUAUCCCGUAGCUAGUGUAUUGGACUUUUUAUCUGUUGCAGAGACCUGAUAAAUUCACACAGAAUUGUGGUGAUGAAGCCUACAAAGCCCCAGGUUUCUUGCAGGUUUUCCUAUUAUUUCUGCCAUUUAUUUUAACCGCAAUAUUUGUUAUUUUUAAAUGUCAAUUUACCUUCUGAUAGGCAUUAAAUUACAGCAAAUUGCUAAUCGCACACCUACUAACCUACUUCCAUCACUUAGCUAAUCCACAUCAUAAAACAGUAUGUUUUAUUUAUGUAGUAACAAAUGUCAUAGAGAUGUUUAAAAAUUCUGAAAUACCCCACAGAACAACCAAUUUUUGGAUCAAAUUUUAUCAAUAACCUACACCCAAACAGUAUUAUCUAUUAUAAUUAGUCAGAAUAGUCAAUUAGUUAUGGGACUCAGUUCCCAGCUUCGGAUUGCUUCAUGUAAAAUAAAUAUCUAAAAUAUAUUUGCAAUGAAUCUGAUUAGCUUUAUGUGAGCAGUAUAGUACUAAUAAAGUGAAAUACAAAUCAUUUAAA